ACAGAGAAAAACAGACAAAGAUAUUCAGGAUGUCUUAAAAUCAAGUUUACAGCAAUGUCGACCUGAAGUCAUGGAUUUGUCAUCAGUUUGAAUAUUUCAUAUGAUAUCUUUAAAGGGAAAAUAAAGUAAAAAUAGUCUUUUUAUCAAACGGGGUCAAUAUGGAAUUCCUGUAUCAAUGUUAGUUAAAGGUGUUAUAUGUAAAUUUUUGCUAUCGCUACAUAGCCAACGUUAGCAUCAGCAGCUAUUUACUUACCAGUCUAAUGGAAAUGUUGCAAGUUCAGCAUCAAGAGCUGUCCCCACCAUUAGCAAUGCUAAUGUUAACUCUUGUUUUGUUUUUUCGCCUCUGUUUAGCAUGCUAAUCAGCUAGCCCCAGUCAGUCAGUCCAGUCUGCACAAAACACAAGGGUGACUUAAGUAAACAUCUGUUAAUGCUAACGUUGGCUAUGUAACAAUAGCAAAAAUCUAUAUAUAGCACCUUUAAUCUGUCUUCGACAGUGACUUAUCUUGACUAAGAGUCCUUCUUCCAGUGAAGAGAGGAAUGAAAAUGUUUAACUGAUGUUCUGUGGUUUUUUUUAGAUUUUAGUGUGUGCUUGUGUCAGAGCUGUUUUUAGCCACAACAAAUGUCUUGACUGGUUGUACCACAGUUUCUUGUCACAUUCCUACUGUAUCGUGAGACUCAUUUGUCUCUGCAAUCUCACAGUUUCAUGCGCUUCCCCCGGAGUUCUUCAGUGUGGUGCUUUCCCACAAGACUAUCUUCAGAACAGAUGAACACAAAUUUCUACAGAAAGAAAUAAGGGCAGGGUGAUGGAGGAAUCUGCAGAAAAUUAACCCUAAUGAAUCUAGACAGAAAAAAAAUACUUUAAAAAAUGAAAAAGUCCCAUACAUACAACAUUUACAGCUGAUAACUUAAAUAUGACAACAUGCAGUCUAAAAUAAUGUGGAGUGAUACUAUAAUAAGUAGCCUAUGAAGAUUCAAACUGGACCUCCAACUUCCACACUAGCUCAAUUUGCACCCAGACAAAUAACAGUAAUCCCGGAUUUUAUAAAGUCAAAUAUUUAAGCAUUUAUCAACCAAUCAGUGGCAAAAAUCAUCAUUUCAUUUUCAUUUUCAAAUAUGCCGCCCAGUGCGUCACCGAGGUGCGCCCCAGCCCAUCUGACUCAAUGAUACAGCCGCGUUUGGAUGAGGCAGGGCGCACUUGCCUGUGUUGACACUGGACGGAUAUGCGCUUGCGAUGCUUUUGCGUGUGAAAGCGUCUGCGGCGCUCUACUCUAAGCAGCUACAGGGAGAUUUCGCCUCGGAUGAGAGAUUAGGAGGAGGAGGUGGAGGAAGAGGAGAAGGAGGAGCGACCAGCAUCAUUUUUUGAAAAAAAAAAAAAAAAAAAAAAAAAAAAACGGUAUCGUUUGGUCCAUCGCGUCCACUCGGUGGUGACAGCGGCCCGUCGAUUCUCAGAGGAAGCCGGGGGCUGGAUUUGAAAUGUCGCAGGGAUGUGCUGAAAGCUUGAUGAUGAAAGGAGGAAGAGGAGGAGCGAGGUGGAGUGAGCCCUUUAUGGACAGGUUUUAAUUAGACCAUUGCAAAAAACCCAGUGAUGUCUAUGGUCAGGAGGUGAUGGCAGUGCUGACUGAGCUUCACCACUACUAUUACCUGUUCCUCCAGAUGGAUACCCGCCACCUGCGCGCCUGAGCCUGUCCCCAGGACCACCUCCCCCCCCCUCUCCUUCUGCCUCUCCUUGCUCAUUUCCUACCUCUUCCCCCACCCUCCUCAUCCAGCUCACUUUCCCUCCAAUUACUCCUCCUGUCCCUCCUCCAUUCAAGUUCCCCACCUGAAAUUUCUUCGUAUCUCUGCGAUCGUACUGUAUUAUGGCGUGCUACGGGAGGUCUCUGGACUCCCCCUGCACGCUAGCCUUGCUGGUGGGAUUCCAGUUUGCCUUUGUUCUCUAUUUCUCCCUCGGGGGGUUCAGAGGCUUGGUGUCUGUCCUGGUUCACACCACAGAGCCGGAGUUUGACUACUCUCGACCUCAUGACGUCUACACCAACCUAAGUCAUCUGGGAGUACCGCCUCCCCCUCCUCGCAACUCUGGCACUGGUCCCCCUGCCACAGGACCACCACUGAGAGAUUGCCAGAUCCCCUCCCCACUGCUGGUUGGACCUGUGUCUGUCCAUCUUUCCUCUCCUCUGUCUCUGGAGGAGAUCCGACAGAGGAAUCCGUUAGUGCUGCCAGGUGGACGCUACCGGCCACCGGACUGUGAACCUCGCCACCACACGGCUAUAGUGGUGCCAUACCGGAACCGACAGACCCACCUCCGUGCCCUGCUCUACCACCUCCACCCAUUCCUGCAGAGACAGCAGAUCCACUACAGCAUCUACAUAGUGCAGCAGUGGGGGAAUGGUACUUUUAACCGAGCCAAGCUGCUCAACGUCGGGGUACGGGAGGCCCUUAGAGACGAAGACUGGAGCUGCAUCUUCCUGCAUGAUGUUGACCUGCUGCCGGAGAACGACCACAACACCUACACCUGCCACAAACAGUUCCCCACACACCUGUCUGUGGCCAUGGACAAGUUCAGAUACAGGCUGCCGUACCCACAGUAUUUUGGUGGGGUGUCUGCGGUGACCCCAGACCAGUACAUGAAGAUGAAUGGGUUCCCCAAUCAGUACUGGGGCUGGGGCGGAGAGGAUGACGACAUUGCUGCCAGAGUACGACUAUCUGGCAUGAAGAUUGUGCGCCCCCCAGUGGCCAUUGGUCAUUACAAGAUGAUCAAGCAUAAAGGAGACAGAGGCAAUGAGCAAAAUCCACGCAGGUUUGACCUUCUGAAAAGGACCAGACUCAACUGGCGUUCUGAUGGCCUCAACUCUCUGACCUACGAGCUCCUUUCCAAAGAACUGGAGCCGCUCUACACCAACCUUACUGUCAACAUCGGAGAAGACCCCCAUCUGCCCCAGGGGAAAGUACCCAUCCCUGUGAAAACGACAACCCCUGUCCACCAACGUAGCACCAGCAAGACCGAGGGCACUGCCAAACAGGAGAAGGAGCGACAACAGAGCAAAGCGUCUGUUGUGGCAAAUAUGAUUGUGGCCAAGCCGGUUGGUGAAAAGACAGAAGCUGCGCAGUCAAAAACAGCAAAUCAAACAACACAGGAGAAGAACGGUGUGAUGAAAUAGAAUGCAGUGUGUAGUAAAAUGGCCGCAUCACAUCUGUAGCAUAAAGUGGCUUCCCCCUUCAUUUUGAUCUGGAAGACCAAAUGGAGGAAAGCAGUAUAGUUCUGUUCUGUUGUGGGACUUCAAGUACACCAGCUUUUUAAUGCUCAGCACAGGUCAGGGGUGGUUAUGCAAUGGAUCAAAUGAAGGAGCCACUUUUGUCUACAGGGGUGCAUUCAGGAACACGACUGAGUCACCUCUUGGUUUAUUAUCGGUUGAAUGCGACUCUGGCUGCGGGUCACACUCAUGACUGGGAGAAGAGAGGUGAACAACUCAGAUAAAUCCACGCAGAGGUCCAAAACAGACUAGAUGAAAAUGAGACAGCAAAUAUAUAAAUCUCUGCUCUUUUCUGGACAUGGCAAGUUGUACGCAACCCAUCUGCUGCCAGCAGACCUGCAGCUUCAUCAAGUCUGCUCCCCCACCCCCACAAAAAAAAAAACUGCUGCUGUCAGUCCACCCCACUCCACAGUGGGUUUGUGUUUCUGUGCCUUCUAUCUUUUAUGCGCAUUUUAUAGACUGGUAUAGUUGCUUUUAGACGCUGACCUGAGGUUGGUUUUACCUCUCCUGCCUCACAGUUAAAAAAAGGUUAGAAAACAGGGAGGAUGAUGCUGAUCCUAGAUCAGGACAAACGAUCUGUUCCAGGACUGCCGUUUUAUAUUUGUGUGCAUCGAUCAAGCGCUGACCAACUCCAUAGUUAUCUGACAAUUCUAGAGUUUAUAUUUAUAUAGAGACUUCUUUAUUUGUUUACUGGUUUGUUUUACUUGUCUUUCCUUACUGUCUGGUGCCUCUCUCUCUCUCUCUUACAUUUAGUCUCUAGACAAUCAAAAGAUAACUCUGUAUCCAACCACAUAACAAAGUGAGGAAAUAUUAUCAUGACUAUCUUAACGCCUGUCAGAUACACAUAGACUUGGCAUGAUAGUUGUUGUCCUAGUUUGACUAUACUCUUGAUACAUGGAUAGACCUGUGCUUCUGAUAUUAUCUGUGGUUUUAUAUUUUUUCUUUUAGGUAAGUCAGGUAUUGGGGGGGGUUGACUCAAGGACAAUAUUGUAGGCGUGUGACUACACAUUUACCAGUUUAGGUUUGUGUUUUAAUAAAAGAUUUCAUAGUUAUGAUAAAGCACUGUGUACAGGUCUAGGUGAGCUUCUUACUAGAAGUCCUGACGUCUUCACAAAGGGUCUUUCAGUAUAUCGUGAGAGACCCCUGUGCGUCUAAAAGCUAUAAAAUGAGUGUCUGCCUCUCCUUGUCUUUCUUCGUUCACUAGAACAGAGCAUUUGUGUUAUGCAGGAAAGGAGACAAGAACAAAGAAAAUUCGUGUAGUAGACAGAAAAUUAAAUAGUUCUAAUAUGAGGAGGAUGCCAAAUCAGAACAUGCAUAUAGGCGAUGUGUUGACAGGUCAAUUAUACUUCUGUAAUUUCAAAGCCACUCCAUCUUUCUGACAUUAAGUUUUUUCUUUCUUUUUUUCAUAUCAGCCAUUUGGAAUGUAUUAUUUUGAGUGUCCAUUUUAGUUCACCUUUUGUGAAGGGUGAGUUUAUCAAGUGAGGUAAUUAGUUUGUGGACAGGGACUUGAAUCUGAUCACUGGUAGGGGUUGUUUUUCACUGGUAGACCGUAGGUUAUGCUGCUAUUUGACUAGGGGAACUGUACAACUAAAUAGCUUGAAAAAUGACAUAUUGUGACACAGAUUUGCUUGUGUGGAAUUGUUUUAUCAUACUAACAGGUAAUGUAUUAUGAAUGCUAAUUUGAAUGUAUUUAAUUUAUUGAUUUAUUUAUUGCAUCACUGAUAGAGCUAAACGCACAGACUUCUAAAGUGAUUUUGCAGUGCGGAUGUGUUUUAGGGUUUGAAACACCCUUCUCCAUUGUAGAGCAGAUUAUAUACCUUAUCUCCACGUUUGUUAUUUUUACAUUGUGCCUCAUUUAACAUGUCUGGGUGACUGAGGGAUUGAAGGCAUACUGCUGAGUUUUAUGUGAGCGCCCUCAAGUGGUGCAGUCUGGCGUAGCGCCAGCUGAGGGAAACCAAGGACUGAAUGAAACUGCAGUGUUGUGACAUGAAUGUUAAUCAUUAAGGUUAGCCAUUCACAGGUUUCAGCCAAUCAGAUCCUUGCAUUGCUCUGUGUGGAGAGCUUUCUUGUUUGCGUUGUAUCACAUGACUGAUCCUGCCAUCUUAAAGGUGUAGGGAGGCCUCUCAGAACUUUCCUGGUUAAUAGAAUCACAAACUACCUGGUGUGUGUUUUAUGAAUGGACGUAAUUUUAUAGAUGGAAUCUAUGUUUAUUUAUGGAGAAAUAUUACCUUUACCAUUCUAAACAAAGGGUGCUGUGCAACACAUUGUCUUGACAGCGCACAUAGAGAGGCAAUAACACCUAAUUUCCUAGCUUUAUACAGCAUAACUGUUUAGCUGCAUAUCAAUAGAUAAUAUGUCCUCCAUUUAUCAUAUCGCCUGGGACAAUGACUAUCUGACAUGAAGCAGUGAUACACUGAAAGCUUUUAAGGACGUUAUGUAAUCUCAGCAGAUUAAUCAGCAAACUGUGUGCUUACCUGGAGAUUGUUACUAUAUUUAAUAAAUAGGUUAGUUUUUUAUAAAGGAUGUGUCGCAUAAGUGUUAGAAAUAUAUACUGUGUAGUUUAAUGAAGUCAGUAAACAGGACUGAGACUUCAACAUUUUAUGUUUUCAAAAGUUCAUUUCGUCAUGAGUUAAUUCUGUCAUUUAACACACACGUUUGAGAAGUGUAAAUGCGACUGACGAGAACCACCUGACUGUAGAGAUGGGAGGUGUGUGCAUUCCUGGCAAAUGAGAUAUAUCAUAUAUCACCUAUGAGGAGGUACCAUAAUAUCUGCAUCACCCGUUGAUGCCUGUCAUCAUCUCAGAUUGCUGUAUUUACUGACCUUGUCUCAAAGAUGAAAGAUUGUGUGCAUAUACCUACGUGUGUGUGUAUCAUGUGUGCGCUCAUGUGUUCGCUUGUGCAGAGGGCAUGGUCAGCGAAAAAGGCAACAGAAGCAGUGAGCUAUGAUGGAUGAUUUUGUGACAGAUGGAAAAUAUGUAUACCAAUAAAAACUCAUAAUCAAAAAAG